GCGUUGAGGGUGGUUUCAGCCUGAAGCGGCGGUGGGGGGCGGGUGGAGAAAAGUCCUUGGUGCUGUCAGUGCUCUCGGAGCCCACCUCAGCACGGUAUCCGUCCACCCAGCCCUCCCGCACAGACACUCCCCUGCACCCCCUCCCCAUCUCGCGCACCAUGUACCGGUAUCUAGGGGAGCUGCUGGCUCGCGGGGCCGCCGCUUCCUCGCCGUCCGCCGAGGGCGGUUUGCAGCGCCUCAGCGGCCCGGCUGCCCUGCUCUGCUGCCGCCUCUACUCCGCCGAGCCCCCGGCCAACGAGCUGCAGGACGACCCCAACUUCUUCAACAUGGUGGAGGGGUUUUUCGACCGCGGGGCGAAGAUCGUGGAGGACAAGUUGGUGGAGGACCUGCGGACCCGCGAGUCGGACGAGCAGAAGCACAACCGGGUGCGGGGCAUCCUGAAGAUCAUCAAGCCCUGCAACCACGUCCUGUCCAUCUCCUUCCCCAUCAAGAGGGACAGUGGCGAGUGGGAGGUGAUAGACGGCUACCGGGCCCAGCACAGUCAGCACCGGAUGCCCUGCAAAGGAGGGAUCCGUUACAGCAUGGAUGUUUGUGUAGAUGAAGUGAAAGCCCUGGCCUCUCUGAUGACUUAUAAAUGUGCAGUGGUUGAUGUGCCAUUUGGAGGUGCUAAAGCUGGAGUGAAGAUUAACCCAAAGACGUACUCAGAUUCUGAAUUGGAAAAAAUUACAAGAAGGUUUACCAUUGAGCUGGCAAAGAAAGGAUUCAUUGGACCUGGUAUUGAUGUGCCAGCCCCUGACAUGAGUACAGGUGAGAGAGAGAUGUCAUGGAUUGCCGAUACAUAUGCCACUACAAUGGGACACCAGGAUAUAAAUGCUCACGCCUGUGUGACUGGUAAGCCCAUCAGCCAGGGUGGCAUUCACGGCCGUAUUUCUGCUACAGGACGUGGCGUCUUCCAUGGGAUAGAAAACUUCGUCAAUGAAGCAUCCUACAUGAGUGUUUUGGGAAUGACCCCCGGCUUUGGAGAUAAAACCUUCGUUAUUCAGGGAUUUGGUAAUGUAGGUAUGCACUCAAUGAGGUACCUACACCGCUAUGGAGCCAAGUGUAUCGGCGUUGGUGAAUUGGAUGGCUCAAUUUGGAAUGAUGACGGAAUUGACCCGAAGGAGCUAGAGGAUUACAAACUGGCAAAUGGAACUAUUGUUGGAUUCCCUAAAGCACGGCCUUAUGAUGGCAACGUCCUGGAGGCAGAAUGUGACAUCCUCAUCCCUGCAGCCGGUGAGAAGCAGCUGACCAAGAGCAAUGCGUGGAAAGUCAAGGCAAAGAUCAUUGCUGAAGGUGCCAAUGGGCCGACAACUCCAGAAGCCGACAAGAUCUUCAUGGAGAGGAACAUCAUGGUUAUUCCAGACCUGUACUUGAAUGCUGGUGGUGUCACCGUUUCCUACUUUGAGUGGCUGAAAAAUCUGAACCAUGUUAGCUAUGGCCGUCUGACCUUCAAAUAUGAGCGAGACUCCAACUACCAUCUGCUAAUGUCUGUCCAGGAAAGUUUGGAGAGGAAGUUUGGCAAGCAUGGUGGCACCAUACCAGUUGUACCAACUGCAGAAUUCCAAGCCAGAAUAGCGGGUGCCUCUGAGAAGGACAUUGUCCAUUCUGGACUUGCAUAUACCAUGGAACGCUCAGCAAAGCAAAUCAUGCGCACAGGGAUGAAGUAUAACCUGGGCCUGGAUUUGAGAACAGCUGCCUAUGUCAACGCUAUCGAGAAAGUUUUCAAGGUGUAUAACGAGGCUGGCCUGACCUUCACAUAGAGUGGGCACCGUCCGUCCUUUUCAAACCCUCUCUUGCCCUUUUCCCAGCCAGACAUAUCAAACGUUUACAUAUAAUAGAAUAUUAUUUUCCUUUUUACUUUUUAAACCAUUGGAACACUAAUUCCACAAUAGAAACUGCCAUAAUUAGUCAAUAGGUUGAAUAACUAAUGUAACCCACAAGUCAAAAUUAAGGCUUACAGAAAAUUUUAUGAUCUCACACUGCUGGCAGGUGGGAGCCAUGUUACAAUUACUUGAAGGGAGGAGCUUUUCACUGUGUUGCAUCCGAAUUGUGGUCCCUAGCUCACAAACCCUCAGUUUCAUUAAAUUGACAUACACUCUCACUGAGAGAGAUUCUGGAAGCCUGUUUGCCAUUUGGGGGUAUGAUACUUCAGCAUAUUUGACCCCUCAAUCCUCAAACAGAAUGGAUUUCACCAAGGGAUUGCCAUUUGUCUUCACUGAGUCUGACUGUUCCAAAUGUCUACAAGUUAACUGUAGCAUACUUGUCAAAAUUGUAUCAUUUAGGGUCCUGAUAUGCACAUGGCAAAAAAGAACAAUAUUGCUUAAGGGCAGUUAGAUCUUAAAAAGCUGCACCAGAGUGUUUUUUUAAUUGGUAAACUAUAAUUCGCAUUUGACAGGAGUUAUUUUUUAUGGUUCAUUGACCCUGCUGUAAAAUUCACCUGCAGAAGUCAGGAUCAGGCUCUACUGUGAUGCCAGUCAUGGUACAAUAGCUGACUGAAGCUUGCUGAGGAGACUUGCAUAUGAAGAGUGACAACUUGGACAAGUGCAGGCUGUCCGCAGGAGUCACUAACUUCAAGAGAAUGAGUUGGAGGGGUAGAUAUCCUUACGAUAGCACACCAACACAGUGAAUACUGGUGAUGGUUGGGGCUCUGUUUACUUAAAGUGCAUCUAACUUGCAUCAGAGAAUGCCAUCAAGACACGUGCAAACAGGACAACCUUGUAAAAAGUGGAGAUGACUAAAGGAUACAUGGAAGAGAGGAUGAGAGGGUUUGCAAACAUGCAUGGAAAAUAAUUUCUAGAGUAAAGCUUACUUUUUCCUGGCUGCGAUGUUUUUCAUUUCCUUUGUCAAUCCAUUUGCUUAGCAAAUAUGCCACUGUGGUUCAUACCAUAUUUUUAUUAUAGCACAGUGGUUUCAGAGGAACAAUGGAGCAGUGCAGUUGGGGGCCCUGUGUUCCUGAGUAAUCAGUCACAUCAGUGGAAGCCCUUAGUGCAGUUUUAUUUUGGAAGCUAUAUGGGUAUUGCCCUAAAGUUGGGAGGAGAGGGUGGGGUGCAGAAAACAGAAAUUAAAACUGGCAAUCAUGACUUUCAAAUAACUUGUGCAGCUGCAUUUUUUAAAAUUAAUGCUAUGGAAUACACCCUCCAUUGUGAACAGGGCAGAACACCCAAAACACAAAAGCAACUUUAUUAGUAAAACUCUCAUUGAUCUCCAUUUUUUUAAAAGGCACUUUUCUCUACUAGGUAGAAUUUCCAUUUAAAACUGUAAAGUCUGAGGAUGUAACUUUUUCAAUUUAUAUUUAUGUUUAAAACUGUUUUUUUGCAUGUUUCCUAUUUGCAUGACUCCCUCACUUUGUGCAGCAAUUAGGACGGUGAGGACAUUGAAUUCUGUAAGCCUUAUUGGAAACUUACUGCUAUCUGUCUUCAAAGUUCCCUUCAAUCCUGCCUCAAACACUUUGAACAGGUGUAAAAAUUGAUGAUUUAAAAAAAAUCUAAUCCCUUUAUUAGAGUAUGGUAAACCAUCUGUAUGGUAAUCCCUGUAGAGUGGCUUCAAGUCUUCAGCUUGAGUACAAGCAAGUAAAGUCAUAAAGAUAUGGCACCUCCUAGUUGACUUGAACUACAUGGGAUUGUCCAAUGUAGCACCCUGUAUUGCAAUGAUGUUUUUGCAGAUUACACAGGCAAACCAGUGUAGCAUCUGAUCUUGUAAAUUUGCCUGUUAGAUUUGCGACAAUGCACUUUUCACAGUAGUAACCAGAUUGCUUUGAGCUGCUCGGAUCUAUUUGAUAAGAUUCGUAGCUCAAAAACUGCAGGAUACUGGUAAUGACGCCAUAUCCUGCGGAGGUUUUGUGGCAAGUUUCUUCCCCCUGUCUAUCUCAUGAGGCCUUGGUAAAUGUUCAGAAUGAAAUUGCAUAUGACAAAGGGACACUGGAAGAAUGUUUCAUAUUUCUGUAAGAUUAAGCAUGUCAGGUUUGUCAGCUUUUGGCAUUGGCCCUAGGUGCAAUGAAAUGCCUGAUGAACCUUUUUUAAAACAACAGUCUUGUUCUUUUCUAUAUUCUUUGUAAUUGCAUGAGGGUGAAUUGACAGAUUAUUAAACUUUUGACAUUUCAGAAGCAUGUUGAUGCAUUAUCACUAAGUUCUCAUGCAUUAAUCCUCUCUUUUCCUUGGUGACAUGGUGCUGAAGUUAGUAGUGCUAUCCAUUUGCGGCCCACUGUUAUAAAGUCAUUGGUUGGCGAGCAUUUUUGGGUCAGUCUUCACCAUCAAACAAUUUUGAACCAGGUUCAACCAAAUACUCAGGUAUAUAACUUUAAAAACGAUUAAUUCAAGUUUGGGGGAAGCACACAAAUAAUUGGCAGAGGGUCUUAGUAGCUUUUUAUUUUUAAAAAGGUAACUUUAGUUGAAGACAAAUGGAAUACUUUCUAAGAAUGUUCUAUUCAGUUAAGAGCAACCCAAGGGCUAAGUGUGAGACAAACCUGAGAUGGACUAAUAAGACAAUAUGAAAAAUCAGUGAAACUCCAACUCUAGGGAGCAAGAUCAGAAAAAUCACUGGAAAAAACAGACUACCAAACCCACCUUUUUUUCAAAAAGGGCAAGUGAAGGGGCAGAGAGAGAUGGAAAUAAGUCCCAUUGUAGAUGCCAAAUGGGAUAAUAAAUUAUUUCUGCAAAUUGUCAAGAGAAUCAAGAUCUCUUAAGCAUGUAAACUUGAUUGAAAGGAUAAAGAAAUAUUUAACAUAUUAAAGCGUUACUGCCUGGAAGUAUUCAUUAAAGAAGCCUAGGUGGUUUUGGAAUCUUUUGGUUAUAUAUUUAGAAUAGACCUAAACUAGCUUAAAGGGCUCAAAACCAGAAAAUUCCCAAGAAUGAGGUUGAAGGUGCUAAUUGAGACUAAAGUGCAAUAAUCAGGAGAGAAUCAACGAAUACACAGGAGGUAUGUGAAUUGGAAAUGAGCUACAGUGUUGAUUAUUAUUUUAGAGAGAGGCAAUAGAACAAACCUGAGUAACAGUGGAUUUCUCAGAACUUAUUUGGUCUCUUCUGCUGUAGAGGCUCAAUCAGGUAGCACACUACUCCCAGAAUGUAAUAGGGCCACUUGGCAUUGCAGCUGCAAAAAAAUGCAGCAAUUUGAGAAUUUGCACAAUCAGUGUGAAUUUGGGACAUUGGUUGCCAUACCUAUGUUCUGCCACUCCUCCACCCCAACACCAUGUGAUUGGGUUAUUGUCAACGUGCUCCUUGUGCUGCUGAAAUGAUUGGAUGCACUCACUCCCUUCCCAUCUUCUCAGCCUCUUGGGUGCCAGAAAACUGGAGACAAACAUUUACAGAGAUAACAGAGGAAAGAAAGACCAGCGCCUAAAUUAAUCCCAGUAAUUUGAUUGUAUGAAUGUUCGCAUCAAAUUGCUCACCACUAUGUAAUGACCUUGUCUAAUUGGCAACAAAACAGGUGGAUAAUUGGGUUGCUUCAAAAUUCAACUGUUUUUCAUUUUGAAAAUUGAAUAUUAACAUGGAGUUUCUGUACCCGUUUCUCUUCCUCCAACCCCAGUAUAUAUCUCUCUCUCUCUCUCGGCGUAAUAUACUUAAGUUUAUAGAACUCUAAAUUAAUGUGGCGGUAAAUGUGUAACCAGAAAGCUGUUUUUCAUUUUUUUAACAGCUCAGUGUAAAUUUUACCUCAAUAAAGCAUUUGAAAUUUG